GCGUGCUGCACGUGAAGUCUUCAGCGCGGACACGUACAAGGUCGCAUCAUCCGCCGUCAUCGUUCUCCGCCACUCUUUACAAGAUUCUACGCUGACGGCUCCUCCCAGACGACCAUGUGGUCCGGAGAGAACCAAGGCUCGGACUUUUCCGUCUCCUCCUUCGGCAUAUCGGUGCCGCAGCUGGUCAAGGGUGCGUCGCAGCUGCUGCCGCAGGAUCAGCCCGGCUCCGGCAGCGACCACGACGUGCACUGUGGCCUGCUCGGCUUCUACCCGGCCUUCCUGCAGAGCUACCGCACGCCCCGGUGCUACCUCGUCUUCCUCUGCGUGCUCGGCAUGACGCAGGGCUUCGUCGUCAACGGCCUGGUCUCCGUGGUGACGCCCACCAUCGAGAAGCGCUUCCAGCUGCUCGGAGUCGAAGCCGGGAUGAUCCAGAGCAUGUUCAACGUGGCGUCGUGCGUCAUGAUAACGCCCGUGAGCUACCACGGGGGCAUCGGUCACAAGCCGCUCAUAAUGGGCAUCGGCGCGCUGGUCAUGUCCGCCGGCUCGAUGGUGUUCGCCUCGCCGCACUUCCUGGCGCCGCAGUACAUGGUGCUGGACAGCGGCGCCGCCGACGUGUGCCCGCAGCGAGGCCCCGGGCAGUGCGGCUCCUCGGCGUCGUCCGGUGCCACCAACGCCAACGCCUUCAAGUACUUCUUCAUGGUGGGACAUGCGCUGCAUGGCGUCGGCUCGUCACCCUUCUUCACCCUCGGCGUGGCUUACUUGGACCAAAACACGCCAUCGGCCAGCGCAUCUAUCUACAUGGGUAUUUUUUAUGCCACAUCAGUCCUGGGUCCCGCCAUGGGCUUCGUCCUAGGCGGGUACUUCCUUUCAAUGUACACGGACAUAACAGCCGAUUACUCAAAGCUGGGCAUGGACUCUUCGAGUAACAACUGGGUGGGCGCUUGGUGGCUUGGUUUCUUCGGCGCCUCCAUUGCCGCUUUCUUCACUGCCUUUCCCAUGGCCAGCUUCCCAAAGGCGUUACCGACGGCCAUAGAACGGGCGAAAGAUCUGUCGAGGCUGCAAAAGGAGAAGCGGAUGCUGUCCCUGAAGCAAGCGCCGAGCGCAGCCAAUGUGCAAGCUGCGCCGGACGCCCUGGCUGCACCGGGUUCGCAGGCAGCGCCAGAUUCCCAGGCUGCUGCUACGCCGGCCUCCCAAACUCAGUCAGAUUGGCAGGUUACUCCGGGCACACAGGUUACCCCGGGCGCCCAGGUUACUCCGGGCGCGCAAGCUACGCCGGCUCCUAAAGGCGCGGCGACCGCACAGGGAGCACCAAACCCCGGCGCCGCCACGAGUGCACCGCCCGAUAUGCAGAUCGUGACGGAGGUGACCACCGGGGCCGAGCAGAAGAGGAGUUUCGCAAACCACCUCAAGAGGCUCCUAUGCAACCCGACCUUCGUCUGUCUCACGCUCGCUGCGUGCGCUGAAACGUUGAUCGCAUCAGGACUCACCGGAUUCGCAACGAAGAUCUUCAUCUCCAUGUUUGGAAUCUCAUCUAGCCGGGCUUCCAGCCUUCUAGGCAUUGUAUCAGUGCCGAGUGCUUGCGGUGGAACUCUGCUGGGAGGCUACGUCAUAACGAAGCUGAACGUCAAGUCGUCCACGAUCGUGCGUUACUGCGUCGUGCUGUCAUUCAUACCGUGGUUCACGCUCUUUGUCUUCAUGCACUCCUGCCCCAGCAAUCACAGAGCACUUUUCAACCUCACCACCCAUGGUGACGACCGGAAGCUGACUUUACGUGACCUCGAGCACGGCUGCAAUGCGUACUGCAACUGCUCGGGCGUCGGUUACGACCCGGUGUGCGGGAGCGACAACUUCACCUACUACUCGCCCUGCAUCGCCGGGUGCGGCAACGUGAGGAACUUCAAGAGGACUAAGCUGUACACCCAGUGCUCGUGUGUGAAUGGUCCGACGCUGUUCAUGGCCGCUGAGGAAAAGAGCAACGAGACUGGCAAUUAUUACAUGGCCAGGCGUGACCCGUGUACCGCCAAAUGCCGCCUCAUCUUUGUCUACGCUGUCGCCAUAUUUGUCGCGCUCUUCUUCACGUUCCUGCUCAUCGUGCCCGCCCUUACGGCGCUGCUACGCUCGCUCGACGAAGACAUCAAGUCCACCGGCAUCGGCGUCAAUUACGUCGCCAUUAGACUCUUGGGCACCAUCCCGGGCCCGAUAGUGUUCGGUUACCUGAUCGACCGCAGCUGUUUUCUGUGGCAAGGCACCUGUGGUGGUGGCUCGGGUGCCUGUGCCGUCUACGAGAACUCGGCCAUGGGCAUGAACCUGUUCCGCAUCAUGUUGAGCGUCAAGUCGGCGUCCAUAGUGUGCUUCUUCUGCGCCUCACUUAGCAGCAAGACGGAGAGCAUCUCGUCAACCGUGGUGGCAGUGACACCUUCAGGUGAAAGGCCCGAGGAUGACGCGCCCUUCAUUCAGCAAGGAUCCGACGGUAGUCUCAAAGCUGACACCGUCGCAAAGGAGGAAGAGAGGGGAGAAGCUGGCGACAAGUUGGAAGUGGCGUGCGACGAACAGAGGGAGGAAGAAGCCAGCAAGGACAAUCCCGUCUCAAAGGGCUGAACCUUCAGUAAAGAAAGCAACGAAAAAAGAAAGAGCAAUUUGGAUAUGCAGUAAAGAGGCAUGAUGUCCCUCAG